AUGCACGGUCGAUUCCAAUGGGCCCGAGCGCUCAUCGAUCAAGGAUCUGUGUCAUCCUUUAUAACCGAAAAUUUAGUGCAGUCAUUAAGACUUCCGAAAUUAAAUACCGCUGUUAGGGUAACAGGUAUCGGCGAAACGCAGACAAGCGUUCGACAUGCCGUUCAUCUAACGAUAACUCCCAGCAACGCGGACACUCCGGUUUAUAGAACCACCGCGUUAAUUUUAAAAUCGUUAACUCGAUAUUUGCCAAACCGUCUCGACAUUCCAGAGCAAUGGCCGCAUUUGAAUGGCCUUUCGUUAGCUGAUCCCGAUCCCGCAGGAUCAGAUCCAAUAGAAAUAAUUAUCGGAGCGGAUCUUUUCGGGUCACUCAUCCUCGACGGCGUUCGAAAAGGCGCGGUUGACGAACCGAUCGCUCAAAAUACCGCGCUAGGCUGGAUCAUAUCCGGACCUAUAGCGCAACUCAGACCGCUCUCGCAGUCGUCCAUUGGAGUACAUCAUUGCUCUGUUACGGAUGAUCUCAAUCAAACUCUCCGCCGAUUUUGGGAAAUCGAAGAAAUUCCCGCUUCAUCAAAAAUAACUAGUGAAGAAAAGGCAUGCGACGACCAUUUUAAUUCGACACACUCUCGAAAUUCUGAAGGUCGCUAUAUCGUCAGACUUCCAUUUAAACAAGGACCUCCACUCAACAUUGGAGAAUCUCGACAUUCCGCGCUUCAGAGUUACCUUCGCACGGAAAGCCGCAUUAAAACAGAUUCAUCGAAAUCGUCGGAAUAUCAUAAUUUUUUAAAAGAAUAUUAUGAUCUGAGACACAUGCAACGCGUCUCAGAAACCGAACAAUUAAUCGACUCGAAUCAAAUCGUAUAUAUUCCGCACCAUGCCGUAUUCCGCGCUAACAGUUUAACAACGCGAAUACGUAUCGUUUUCAACGCUUCAAGUCGAACCUCAAACGGUACGUCAUUAAUGAUCAUUUAUAUCCGGGCCCUAAACUUCAAAAGGACCUUGCUGCAGUGA